AUGAAACCGAAUUACGAGGGCUCACUCCGAUUCGAGGGUCUGAAACAGCGUAUGGAGCCAUGGGAGCAGUUUUUUGAGAUUGGCAAAGACGAUGCAGCUCUAAACCCCGCCAGCGAAGAGUUUGAUCUCGAGAAGUGGCUCCGCCAUACGAUCAUGGGCGCGAAGAGUGAAGGCAUUCGCUUGAAAAGUUCUGGCGUCAUCUUCAAAGACCUACAUGUCACCGGUAGUGACUCAGCACUGAUGUUGCAAGAGACUGUUGGCGAUCUUUUGAUGGCGCCACUCAGGAUCGGCGAACUGUUUUUCAUCAAACCGACCCUUGUCUGA